AUGGACCACUUAAACGAAACAGCCAAUACAACAGGCCAACUUCCAGGAAAAACAUUUAUUUUGCCAUCCUCAUUUGCAGGUAGCCCAAGAAACAUGCUGCAAAACUAUCAGGAUGCCAUGGCUAUUGUCAGAAAAUACGGAAAACCAGACCUCUUCAUUACAACGACAUGCAACCCAAGGUGGAAAGAAAUUGAAGACAACCUAGAACAGGGCCAAACUGCUGCAGCAAGACCAGAUAUAGUGGCAAGAGUCUUCCACCUGAAACUUAGAUCCCUAAUAGAUGACAUCUGCAAAAACCAUAUAUUUGGCCCACCAACAGCCAUUGUAUAUGUCAUAGAGUUCCAAAAAAGAGGCUUGCCACAUGCCCACACAUUGCUCAUCCUAACUGAACACUAUAAGCCAAAAACUGAAACAUCCAUCGAUAACAUAGUAUCUGCAGAAAUCCCGAACAUCGAAACAACACCACGUCUGCAUGAAAUAGUUACAAAGCAUAUGAUCCACGGUCCAUGCGGUACUCACAAUCGACAUUCACCAUGUAUGUCAAAUGAAAAAUGCACAAAAGAUUUCCCGAAACAGUACCAAGAACAGACUAUUGCAAACAUCAACGGAUACCCCAAAUAUAGAAGAAGAAACUCCGGAAACAGCAAAAUGCAGAGAGAAAAACCAAUAGAUAACAGAUGGGUUGUGCCAUAUAAUCCCUUCCUGGCCCUAAGGUAUAACUGUCACAUCAAUGUCGAAGUCUGCGCAUCAGUCAGAAGUGUAAAAUAUCUAUUCAAAUUAAAUGGAUUCGAGAUGCAUUACCAAUCCCAUACAGUACACAGACUGCCAGUGCAUCUCCCAGACGAACAAGCAGUAAUUUUCAACCCAGAAGACAUUGGCGCAGCAACCGACAGAGCAGCAAGCUACCAGGAGCGCUAUUGCCUGCGCCUCCUACUGCUGCAUGUGUCAGGAGCAACAUCCUAUGGAAACCUCAGAAGCGUGGAUGGAAUUGAAUACCCAACUUUCCAAGAAGCAGCAAAAGCAAGAGGACUUAUAAAUGAUGAAACAGUGUGGGAGAGCACACUCGAAGAUGCAGCACAGUACAACAUGCCCACGCAAAUCAGAGAACUCUUCACCUACAUCUGUGUCUUUGCAUCCCUCCAAAACAUGCAGGAGCUAUUUACAAAAUAUGAAGACUACCUCAUCGAGGAUUAUGCCCAUAAACAUCUACAGCACAAUAAAGAAUGCACAGUCUGCCGUGACCUCGCCCUGCAGGAAAUUGAAAAAUUUUUAACACUCCAUGGAAAGAGAUGCACAGACUACGGCCUGACAUACAACAAGCAUAAUACCAAGCACCUUACAGAAACAUACAACCAAGCCUAUGAAAACCAAACAGCAGAACAUAUGUCAAAAACCUUCAAUGAUGAGCAAAGAGCAGCCAUGGAAGAAAUUAUAACAGCUAGCCAAAAUGAUAAGCUUGAACACCGCUGCUUUUUUUUUUUGAUGGAUCAGGAGGCAGUGGAAAGACAUACUUAUACAAAACCAUACUCAACACAAUACGUGGCCGGAGUGAACUCGCACUCCCUGUAG